UUCGACAGCUGAAUACAAACAUCACACCGUUUCCAAUUCCUGCAUGAAGCACCUGUUUGUCGUAGGCAGCAGAGCCAGGACCUAUUUAGAUUCGGAACGUAAUCGAUGCACAGGUGAUAUGUCGCCGCCAUCGGAUAAUGUCAUCUUCGAUAAUCAGUGUUACGCGACCACGCCAAGUUCGUCGAAUGGAAACUCGGAUAUGGAACAACCGACUCACUGCAGUUCGCGUCGUUGCAAUGGUGGUCAGGCGUAUCAACAACAAAACAUGCAAUCUGUAUCAACACCUGGUAGUCCAACUAGUCGACUUCUUCUCGAAUAUGAGAUGCAUCUGAGAAACACUUUGGCCAAGGGUAUGGAUGCCGAAAGCUACAGUUUACGUACUUUUGAGGCCUUGCUAACGCAAAGCAUGGAAGAUUUAGAAUUUGCGAAAAAUAUACCGUUGAACAUUCAACGUACACCUCACGUUUCACGAAGACGUCCCGGUUCCAAUAAAUCGUCAACGUUACCACUAUCGUACCGUUAUUGCAAUGAAAGACAAAAUAGUAAGGAUAGGGACGGUUACUACAGCGAUCGUAAUGAAAUGAUUAGGGAGAAAAGAGACAGAGAAAUUGACCGAGAUCGUGGAUAUCUUAGUGAUUAUAAUUCUAGAUGUACCAGCUGCGUUGGAGAGUCUGCACGUGCACAAUGGUUUCGCCACUCUGAUGGAUGGCAGUCUGGUAGUUCGACACUUGGCUCUGGUGCUUCUAGUUCUAUGAAUCCAAGUUACGUGGGACAUAAACGAGAUUCUCCGUGGGAUUCCUUACCAUCGCUAAGACACGAGGGCAGUCUUAACGAUAGCGGAUAUAAAUCAAAUCGAACUGAUUCUUUAGAACAAAGAGGAACUUUUGAUAGACAAGACAGCGUGAGAUCGGAUUAUAUGUCCGAUCGGGAUGGCAGACUUGGGAUUGUUCAACAAGCUUCACUGGAGAGCACAGACUCGAGAAUUUGCUACUUGACGUCCUCAGAGAUGUCAGACGAUGAUAAAAUGUCGCUAACUACUGCCGUUAGCGAUGACGACGAUGGUGAAAGUGUCAUAAAUUCUCCAUAUCGAGGAAAACAGACUGGUACCGCUGCAGCUUCGUUCAAUUGCACGGGAGCAGUUCGAAAAGCUGGAUUUUUAAGCGUGAAAAAAUGGCUGUUACGAAAGAAGCAUCAAAUCGAGCUGGCGAGGAAGAGGGGUUGGAAAGGUUAUUGGGUUUGCUUAAAGGGAACUACCCUUCUCUUCUAUCCUUGUGAUUCGCAAGAAAGUAGAGCCAUGGAAGCAGCACCAAAACACUUGAUUAUAGUCGAUGGUGCAAUAAUGCAACCAAUUCCGGAACAUCCAAAACGGGAUUACAUAUUUUGCUUGAGCACCGCAUUCGGCGAUGCUUAUUUAUUCCAGGCACCAUGUCAAGUGGAACUCGAAAACUGGGUGAACAGCAUACAUUCAGCAUGUGCCGCUGCGUUUGCACGUCAUCGAGGUAAAACCGGAACCCUUCAUUUAUUGCAAGAAGAAAUAUUUCGCUUAGAGAAAGCGAUAGAAUCGGAUCAUAAACUAAAACACAUGGCGGAUCUUCAGCAGUCUGUUGUAUCCGAUGUAGAAACAAAACAGCAGAUUAAUAAUCAAAUUGUUCAAUGGGAAGAAAAUUUGGAGCGACUUCACUGCGAGCAAUUCCGACUAAGAUGCUAUAUGGCGAGUUUACAGAGUGGUGAAUUACCAAACCCAAAGAGUUUAUUGACGCACGUAUCUCGUGCUACGAAGCAAACAUUAAACAAAUUAGGAGUCUUUACCGUAUCGUCGUUUCAUGCUUUUAUAUGCGCACGAAGUCCUUCGUUGCUGAAUAAUCUACUAGCAGGACGAGGAGCUACCAAGAGAAGACCACCGUUACUAUCGAGAUCCAAUAGUGGAUCGAGUAGGAGAUCCCUUCAAAUAUCGUCUAGAGAUGAUGAGAAAACCGUGAAGGUGUAUGUGCCGGAAAAUCAGCUGGUAUCCGUCUUUGUGCGUGACGCUAUGACAGUAGAGGAAUUCCUUGCGAGUGCUUGCAACAGGAAAAACCUUAAUCCGAUGGAACAUUUCGUUCGUGUAAAGAAACGACGCGACAUGGAAGAUCAUAAUUAUUUCGUACCACAUAGAACGGAUAUGAUAGAGACUUAUUUGCACACUCAUGAGAUUGUUGAAGUUUGCGCGAAAAUCUUAUAUCAAGUAGAGCUACAGAGGAAUACUCUUGAACAAAUGUGGGGCUUUUCGGUGGAAGCAGAAUUAAUUGAGAAUUCUGAUCGGCAGGAUGAAUUGUGUUGUUAUGUUAGCAGGGUUGAAGAUAAGAGCGUC